GUUCCAUCUACAAACAUGUCUGGUCGUGGUAAGGGUGGGAAGGGUCUCGGCAAAGGCGGCGCCAAGCGCCACCGCAAGGUGCUGCGCGACAACAUCCAGGGCAUCACCAAGCCCGCCAUCCGGCGCCUGGCCCGCCGCGGCGGCGUCAAGCGCAUCUCCGGCCUCAUCUACGAGGAGACCCGCGGGGUGCUCAAGGUCUUCCUGGAGAACGUGAUCCGCGACGCCGUCACCUACACGGAGCACGCCAAGCGCAAGACGGUCACGGCCAUGGACGUGGUCUACGCGCUCAAGCGCCAGGGCCGCACCCUCUACGGUUUCGGCGGCUGAGUUAUUCGUUCGCACCAUGCUAGCUUUUUUUCU